AAAAGACUAAAGAAUGGGCUAAAAGAAGGGAGCCGACGUUAACAAAGGUAAGUUUGUUUUAAAUAUUUAUUUUAUAAUUGUUUUAAAACCCGACGGCCUUUGAGUAUAUGAUAAAGUUCAUUUCUUGCAAGUUGUAUUUUAGCAAGAUUUUGUAAAUUUCAAAACCAUUCUGAGAGCCAAAAACGUCUAAAAACGUCUAAAAGAAUAGAGCAAAGUCGCCGACGUUAGCGAAGGUAUAGUCGUUUUAAAUAUUGAUGUAUUUUUUGUCUUAUAAUUGAUAUAUUUAUAACUGAUAGUGGUGGGCGAUACGGGGAAUAUCGAACUAAACCUAUCAUUGCGUAUAUAAGUGAAAAAAGACAGCAUAUAUAAUUUCAGUGUAGUUUUAUUAACUACUUUUUCUUUUGUAUAUUAAAGUAUUUAAAUAAAGAGGAAAGCAAAGUUAUUUUCAUGCGAGAAUUUGAAAUCAGCUUAUUUCAAACUCAAUGACAAUGUUUACCGAUAAUUCGAUAAAAGGCCGUUUAGUUUUGAGAACAUUUUAAAACGUUUUGCGAAGCGUUUGUGGUUGAAUUUUACAUUAAAUUGAUGCUUAUAUUACGUAUAAUAACAUACCUGGCAUACAUAUGUUUGGGAAAUUGAUCAUUUUGUUAUUAAAAGUGAUAUUUUGGGGGGAUUUUUCAAUUUUAAAACCAGGUUUAAAACUAUUCUUAAAAUUAUCGUGUUACCAUGACAACUACUUGCAAUUCUUCAUAAUAUUCAGAAAACAUAAUGUUUUGUCAGUAAGGCGAGGGUUUCUGCAUGCAUGUAUUUUCUAGUAGUUAACAUUAUUAUUAUUAGUAAAAUAUAUUUGUGAUCUGUGACUAAUUGUUUUGUAAUUUUUGAGAAGAUUUGAAAGAGAGCUGGCUCCCUGAAAUAACCACAGGGCUAUAUAAAUAUCAGGAAACCAAAUAAAGGACGAAAAAAUUAUGAAAAUUGACAAUAUAUAGUUCUAUAUCAAAUAUAUUUAAAAGAUCGAGAAAGGAGUCCUGCAUGACUCCCGAUAACGUAUAUAGAAAAAGUUGGAGUUGGAAACUGAAUCAAUACUUUCCAAGAAAAUCGAUUCUAAUUUUAUAUUUAAUUUGAGAAAUCGGCAAGUCUUUAUAUGAUUCAUGUAAAGAAUUCCAAAUUUUAGCGCCUUGAUAUUUGAUAUUGAAAAUUCCGAAAUUUGUUCUUGCUUUUGGUAGUAUAUAUGUUAAUUUAGAAGCAAGCCUCGUAUUUUGAGAAUAAACAUUGCACACAGGAGUAAAGAAAUUGUUGAACGUUGGUGGCAACAAGUUGUUAUGAUAUUUGUACAUGAAAAGAACCACGUGUAGAUUUAGAAGAUCAGUCAACUUAAUAAUAUUCAACUGUUUGAAAAGUGAGCUAGAGUGGGCAUCAAAUUUAGAGAAAGUUAUAACACGCACACCCUUUUUUUGGAGUAUAAUUAAAGGUUUGACAGUUGAGGAAUAAGCAUUACCCCAUAUGAUUAAACCAUAUGUUAUAAAAGGGUAAAUUAAAGCAUAAUAUAAAUUAACCAGAAUGUUGCUAUCUACAUAAUAUCUAAGUUUAGACAAAACUCCUAUACUUCUUUUAAUCUUUUUUGAAAUGAACGUAAUUUGUUUUUUCCAAGUUAAAUGAGGAUCGAAAAAAACACCAAGAUACUUUAUGUGAUCUACUUGUUUAAUGACUUUAUUUCUUACCGAAAGUUUUAUGUCUGUUAGUAUAUUUUUUUGGUAAGGAUGAAAUAUAAGAAAGUUUGAUUUUUCAACAUUAAGUGAUAACCUAUUAGCACAUAAUCAAGUAUCUAUAUUACUUAAUUAUAUAUUUAUAUUGGUUUCAAGUUCAAGUAAGCAUCUAUUUUUGCAAAACAAAUUUGAAUCAUCAGCAAAAUGAUGAAAAUCGAAAAAAUUAGAGCACUUAUGAAAAUCAUUGAUGUAUAAAAGAAAUAAGAGGGGUCCUAGCACUGACCCUUGGGGAAUUCCGCAAGUGAUAUCAUAUACCGCACUCUUAAAAAUAGGUGUGCUAUAGUAACACACCUUUUCUGUCGCCAAAACAGCACACCUUAAGGUGUGCUACGGUAACACACCAAGGUGUGCUACAGUAACACAACAAAAGGUGUGUUAGCGGCUUGUCGCCAAAACAACACACCUUUAGGUGUGUUACUAAGAAAGGUGUGUUAGGCAGCACGCAAAGGUGUGUUAUUGUUGCUCAAUGGUGUGUUAUAGUAGCACACCUCAAGGUGUGUUGGUUAGCAUAACUUAAGGUGUGUUAAUUGUGCUAAUGUAAGUGAAAGAUGUGCUAAUACAACACACCUUACAAGGUGUGCUAAUACAACACACCUUACAAGGUGUGCUAAUACAACACCCUUGAAAGAUGUGCUAACACAACACACCUUACAAAGUGUGCUACUACAACACACCUUAAAAGACGUGCCAGUUUAACACACCUUUGAAUGUGCUAUAUAACACACCUUUGAAAGUGCCAAAAUGCACAAGAUAUAAAAACAUGAAAACUGAAAAGGAUGCACUUCACUGGUAACAAUUUAAUGCAAAUAAAUCUUUCUAUCACAUUAAAUCUUUCUAUCAAUAAGUUAUAAAAGUUCGCCAGUAAGAAUAAUAGCCAUGCAAGAUACAGUCCCUUAAAUUACGGAAUAAAGUUUAAAAGGAUAUGGCAAUAUAAAAGUUUAUUGUCCCAUUUGUAAGAACUUUUAAAAUUAUAUGUUAAAUUUUUUUACCGAUUUUUAAUAUCUUGCAUAGUUCUGGAAAUAUUUUUACAUACAAUGACUGAAAACAAUGGAAUGUCCGACAUCUUGGAUUAUUUUUUAUCUCAUUAAUGCCGGUUUUAGGUGACGCCACAAGUAGGGUUAGCCAUAUAAAAGGACCCCUUGGUGGUUAAUGUUUAAAAUGUUUGCAGAUAUUUUGUUAUUUCAAAGAGUAUCCAGAGAAUAAUUUUCAACUCAUAAGGUUCAGUUGUUUUCAAGCAAUAUCUGCAAAAAUCCAAGAUGGCGACAUCUCAUUGCUUUACUGUCGUUCCAAUUGAAGUGUUCCUCAAAUAUUGUUUCAAUACAUUACCUCGGGCUGACCAAUUCAUUUCAUCAAGUUCCUCGAGAUAUUCAUACACUUCCUGUGAAAGAGCCAAUUCCAAGUAUUUGAUCAUUUCUGGUCACUUCCUUUCUAUAUAUGAUUGGUUAGUUGCACAAACAACAAAGGUGAUUGGUGCAUUCAAACUAUUCAACAGGAAGUUUACAAUUAUACUAGGAAGUGUAUGAAUAUUUCGAGGAACUUGAUGAAAUGAAUUGGUCAGCCCGAGGUAAUGUAUUGAAACAAUAUUUGAGGAACACUUCAAUUGGAACGACAGUAAGUCAAAAUAUUUCAAGAACUAAGCAAGAUAUAAAAAAAAACGGUAAAAGAGUUUAACAUAUAAUUUUGAAAGUUCUUUCAAAUGCGAAAAUCUAAUUUUAUAUUGCCAUAUCCCUUUAAUAAAGAAAUACAAUGUAUACUUAAGCUAAAUUACUGUCCCUUCUACGCAUGAACGGGAUUUGUAUUUACACUUCUUGUUUUGAUACACUUUAGCUGCAUGUUCCCAUGUACAUGUACUUAGCAUGCAUAUCAGCUAAAAAGUUACAUGAUGAAUUAGUCUUAAAUUUUGCCAAAAAUCUUUUUUUUGAGACAAGCAAUAAAAUAUUUUCGUGAAUCAAAUGUAUGGCUUUCCCUUUGCUUGCCUCGUUCAAUAACUCUUAAAGGUGAAACCGAAAUUGUAAAAAGUGUGUACACAUUUCCUUAAGUAUUUUUUCCCUGCUACUCUGAGUGCAGUUCACACAGGGCAAGCUGAAACACCGGGGUGGGAUUCGAGCUGUUUUUCAGGUUGCGCGGUGUGGACUGUACUAAGAGUAGCAGGGAAAAAAUACUUAUAACACCUGAGUACAAAAUGCACCACCACAAUCAGAGUACAUUUCCUUACGUUUUUGCGACAUGCAUAGAAGGGAAUAAAAUGUAAUUGACUUGUAACUUCAAGUUCACUGUCGGUGAACAUCGCAUUGCAACUAUUUAAUGGAUCGCUGUGUGGUGUCUGAUACAUCUAACGCGAAAUCCUGGAGGAAGUAGAGGAUACCUGACAUUUGAUCAGGGUAACUUAUGUGGAAGACGUAAUAGUUUGAAAUGACGUCGACUAAAGCUUCCAACAGGUCCGUGCUGCUUUCGAAAAACGUCGUCCGGUGUGCCGAGUACCACCAGUUUAAACUGGACCGCUUGUCUUCAAACAAAUUCUUGGGCUUACUCGAUGGCUAUAGCGAAGAGAAUACAUAAUGGUAGAGUUUAAGGAAAAACUUUUUGCACACACUGCCCUUACAAACGUGUAUAGAAACUAUCUCUAACUCAGCUACCAAGUGUAAUUUGAAUAUACUUACAUCGUUGAACUUAAUUAGUGAUCCCCUUUUUUUCAUUGUUUUCGUUUCAAUGAAUGAAACAGCGUCAGCAACAUCUUUAUUCGCCAGUUCAUCCUUCCGUAGAACUUUUUUAAUACCUUUUCUCAAUCUUUCCACAGACUUCUUUAAUGCAAAACCUGGGAGAACUUUUUGCAUUUCUUUACGCACCUAUACAGAGGAUAUACGCGACUUUACACAA